CCAGGACUUGCAGACGACUCAGGAGCAGACAGGAAGUUCGGCACUGGGAGCAAGCGGUCGUAUCGCAGAGCAUUGCGGACGGCUGUACGGUAUGGGAGGGCUCACUACCGCAACCAGUUGAUCACGCGCAGCGUCGCCCUCGACCUCGACCCGACGUUGCAGACCUCCCUUCCGCCUACGACAACCACCAAGCGCUCGCGCUCCCCCAGCCGCUCGAGCCACACUGGCCCCCAUGCUCAAAUCACCCUCUGGUCCUACAACUGUGAGUCCCUUCGCGUGAUGGGCCGAUUCGCGGAGCUCCUCAAGAUGGCGGCUAUUCACAACGUCUCUAUUGUCUGCCUCCAAGGCACGUGCAUGGACGUUGGCCACCCCUGGAAUACGGAGGACUACAGCACCUCACUAUGUCAAGACCUCUACAUCCUGAAUGUCUACGCGCCGACGAAUGAGCCACCCCCCACGCCAAUGGGGCACAGCUGGACCGAGCAUUCGACACAGCACUGGAAACUGCGCGACCACUUCUGGGCGCAGCUGAACAAAGUCAUAAGCAGCAUCCCCGCCCGCGCCACCCUGGUCCUCGCCAUCGACGCCAACGGCUCUACUAUGUGCAGCCUCCCGUACAUAGGCAAGGCCGGAGACUACCACAAGAAGCUGAAACACUCCUGGAAGGAGAAUGGCCGCCGGUUCCUCCAAAUAUUGACUGACAGCUGCAUGACGGCGCUCAACACCCAUGGCCGUGCUAGUGGGCCGGCAGGCACCUGGUUGCACUCGGACGGCAAAUCUUGGACACGAGUGGACGACGUCUGCACGCGCCUUGCGGGCUGUCGUGGGCUCCGAGCCCGCCCCGACUACCGCCUCUCCGUGGCCAUAGCGGGCAUCGCGGGCGACUGGCAGCAAGAGUGCGGCCCUGGUAGCAGAUACCCUACAGUGAGCGAGUACUGGAACACUAUCGAAGGCAUCGCCGUGGACACGGCGCUGGAGUUUUACAAGCUGGACACUAAGGAGGGCACUCCGAGAAUGCCCCUCACCGAGGCCCUUGCAGAUAUUUUUCAAGCGGCGCUCAUCGAAAUGACCGACGCGGGUGCCUCGGAGGGUGCAGUGGCAGAGAGUUGGAAGAUCGCUCUAAGGUCCGACGCCAUGGCCGAAGCAGUCACGGGCGCCUUCCGCGCCUGCCAUUGGUGGCAAUCCACGGCACAGAGAUUCAAGAACGGCAAGACAGUUAGCCCCCGCAAGCCCAAGGGAGAUGGUAGCUCCGCGAGGGACAAAUACCGCACGAUCAAUCUCAUCGGCCAUGCAGGCAAGGCGUACGUCAACACCACCUGCAUGCCAGCCCUGCGCCAGCUACAUUCGAAAGUUUCUGACACGCAGUACGGGGCCCUCCCACAGCGCAGCACGAGAGACGCGAUCGCCCUGGUUGAUGAGAUUAUGCGCCGGUGGAAGGACUGCCGCAGCCUCUCCAGACAGCCGGCCCGCAUCCUCGCGGCGUGCCUCAUGGAUUUGGAGAAGGCUUUCGACCUCCUCGACCGCCAGGCCAUUUGGGCGCAACUCGAAAAGCUCGCCAUCGCCCACCAGGUCAAACUGGCAGUGGAGGAGCUCGACCACGGCACGCGCUACAUCAUCCGCGACGUCCGCACCAAUCGGCCGCUGAAGAAACUCUUAGUGGGCAAAGGCGUCCGCCAAGGGUCGGUUGAAGGCCCUGCACUUUUCAUCUGCCUCUACGACGCCAUCACCACAGCCAUCGCGCGACGCUCCCAAGAGGCCCACUUCGAGCAGAUUUACGUAGCAUGCGACCCGGCCUUCUCCACCUACAAACACCACCAGCCCCCCUCGCUGAACCAGGACUGCUGCUCGGAGCUCGACGUCUCACAGGUUAAAGUUUCAGACGACCUCAUCGCACUCACCAUCUGUACGGACUUCGACCAGGUCAGUCGCUUCCUUGACUUCCUCACCCGGGUGAUCACGGAAGGUGGCAUGAAAGUCAAUAUUCCUAAGACGGAGCUCCUCCUACAGGCCAGGGGAGUCGGCAUGCGCCAGCUCGAGAAGCGCAUCCGGGCCAACACCACCGGCAUCACCAUGCAGCCAUGCGAGCUGGUCCCGCCGACCCCGACGGAGACAGCCGCCGAGCCAGCUCGACGCCGUCGCCUGCGCACCAAGAGCCAGCCGCAGCCGCCUGGGGCAUCUUCGAAGCACGGCUCGACCAGCCGCCCCGUCCUCAAGCCGCAUGUGGUCAAGGCCUCCAAGUCGGUGAAAUACCUGGGCGCCCGGCUACGCCCAGACGGCUCGUACCAGGACGAGAUCACCAAUCGCCUCGCCUCGGCCAACACCAACCAUGGCCGUCUCACGGCCCGCGCGUUCAAGGGGAUCUACGGCCUCGCCCCCCGCGUUUUCAUUUGGGUCACCCUCGUCCGCUCUGCGGCGCUCUAUACACUCGAAGAGCGCCGCAUCCGCUGGUGGCAGCACAUCAAUGGCCCAGGCCUGGCGGAGUCCCCGCCAGAGUACGACCCCGCACUGGCAGUGCGCGCCACUAUCUUCGGGUGGGAGAGCCGCCCCAGGGAUCCCAGGCCACGCCCAGUGCUCGACCAGUUCGUUCUCGCACAGCUUCUCAGGCUCAAGGUCUCCCUCAGCCUCAGGCCGCGCCCCCAGCGCCUGCGCCGGUGCCAGCUGCCCACCAUGUUCGGGGAGCUCGGGGCCGCGCCUGCCGCCGCCCGCACGGACAACCGACGCCCGGCCGAGGGCGCGGACGACACCAGCGAGCUGACGAAGCUCAACAGGCUGUUUGCCCAGCUCCUGCUGCAGCACGAGGACCACAGCCGGGGCAGCCUCAGGGACCAGAGCAUCGUGGCCACCACGAAGAAGGAGUCCCAGUUCUCGAAGAGCCUCGAGGCGGCCCUCCAGGACUACGACGCACGCGGCAAAACAGCCAGGGACCAGGCCAAUCAGCAGAACGAUACGUACACGGGGAACCCGUUGGGGAAGAAGCCCGACGCCAUGCUCCGCAGCGUGGCCCACUACAUCGCGGCGGCCUACCAGCAGAAGAAGCAAGAGGUCGAUGCCGCAGCGGCCCAGGGCGAGAAUCCAGAGAAGGCGCACGAGGCCCUGGCGAAGAUCGUGGAGGCGGCGGUCAAAGCGCGGGACAUGAGUAAGAGGUUCACGGGUGCCCGGUGCUUCAGGGUAGAGACUAAAGAUUCCGAGGGUGCCGAGGCUGCGAAGUCCAUCGAUUCCAUAGUGUUCAAGGGCGGCGAGGCCAAGGGGAGCGACCUGCCAGCCAGCGCGGCCUGGGCCAUGGCGCGCUCCCCGCGGGGUGGCGGCAGCGGCAGCAGGCGCAGCAGGAAGUACUGGAUGUGCAGCUGCGGAGGGUGGAACUGGGACUGGCGCACCACGUGCCUUGGCUGUGGGUACGCAGCUCCGCCAUGGGCCCUGGAAGCAGCAGCCAAGGCCAAGCCCCAGGCUGACAAGGACGGCUGGGUGGACCAGCCGCGCGGGCGACGUGCCCAACGACAGGCCCGCAGCGCGGCUACGAGUGCGGCAACCUCCAAGUCGCAGACCUCGGCGUCGGGAGCCAGCGGGACGCCCCGCGGCAGCGACGCCACGGCGAUCGAGAGGCUGCAAGUGUCGGUCGAGCAGCUGGAGGCGCUGCAGGCAGGGCCGCCCGACGGGGUCGAUUGCUGCUUCACCGACGUCGUUGCCAGCCAGCUGGAGGCCAAGCGCGCAGAGCUGGCUGAGGCCCAGCGCGCGGGAGCAGUGCAGAAGGCGCCCUCCAUGCCCCUGUCGGCGGUGCUCCACAAGGAGGCGAACGCCAUCAGCAACGCAGAGAAGCGCCUCCGAGCGGCGCGCCAGGGCCUGGAGCAGAAGCAAGCAGCACGUGGCACUGCCGAGGCCCAGCUGCAGAAGGCCCAGGAGGGGCUGGCGCAGCUCGAUGCGGAGGUGGAGGAGGCCAGCCGUGCGCUCCACGUCCUCGAGGAGGAAGCCCGAGUGGAGGCCGCUGCGCAGCUGCGCCAGCGUGCAGCCGAGUGGGCAGGAGCCAGCCAGGUCCCAGGGCUCCUCAUGCAGCUGGACAAGCUGCCCGAGGCGCGGGGCUCCAGCAACUUCGAAGUGGCAUGGGCGGCCAUUCGCUCCCAGGUGGAGGCGGUGCGUGCGCAGCUCGCCGAAGCCCCUGCGGCCCCGAGGACAGUGCCCUGGGCGGAGUCAUGCUCCAUGGAUGAGAUCGACAGUGAGGACGGCGACCGCGCAGGAGGCUGCAGGCCUAGGCAGCGGGAGGGCGGCGGCGCCGAAGCGGCCCGCCUCGGCGGCAAGCGGGCCCUCGCCCUCGGGAGUGCGCAGGCCCCGCCAGCGCCAGGCCAAGCCGCGACGGCAGCUCAGGAUGUCCGCUGCGGGCUGGAGGAGACCCGCCUGGCUCCGCACCGCCUGGAAGAGGCCAGAGGAGCAGUGCUGCGCUUGGGCUUUUCGGCGUUCCUCCAUGCGCCGGCGCCCGCGGACAAGGAGGGCCCGCUGGCGAACUCAGGGGGCGCGGCGACCCUGGCGCGCAGCGACCUGCAGGCUGCGGAGAGUGUGUGGGCGACGCCGAGUGACUUGAGGCAUCGCUUGGUUGGGGUCACGAUCACGGCGUCUGGGCUGCUUGUCCUGGCGCGCUCGCUGCAUCUGCAGGACGCCCUGGGGCCCAAGGGCAUCAACCUCGACAUCUUCGCGGCCUUCGGCGACCCGGUGCUGUCCGAGGGCAUGCCCUGGCUCGCGCAGGGCGACUUCAACGUGGAGCCUGGCGCGCUGCACGAUUUGGGCUGGCCUCGUGCGCAGCGCGGCACGUACCUGGGGCCUGCUAAGUGCACAUGUGUGGCCAAAGGGGCAGAGCAUGUGUACAACUGGUUCGAGGGCUCCUUUUGCUUGGCCCAUGGCGUCAGGGAGGCCUCGGCUCUGGAUGGCUUUGGGCUGUGCCCGCGCAAGCUUGUGUGGCUGCUGCUGCAGGACGCGAGGCCCGACGCCCUGGUGCAGGUACUGGUGCGUCCUGGUCGUUUUCCUGGUGUCGACGCUGUUGGGUGCGAUGUGACGCUGCUGGUAUUCUACCAGAGACCGCGGGCCGUUUCCGUCGUGGGCCUGGCCGCCGAGUCGUUCUGCACCAACGGGACAGUUCUGGCGGGGAGUGCGUGCGCCACCUUUGUGGCCAGGCUGCCUGGGCUGGCAGCCCUCCGCGCCGCCUCAGCGGGCAGCAGGCCGCUGGUGGGCACUCGCACCGUCGUCGGCGACAUCGCGAUGCAGGCCGUGGGCACGGAGCAGCUGGUGGCUGCACGGCUCGGCAGCGCUGGGCUGGAAGUGGCGCGUCGAGCGCUUCGCCGAGCUCGCAGGCUGGACCCGAUCUGCAAGGCUGGGCCCACGGCCAGCCUGGUGCGCGGUCGCACGGUCACGGGCAACGCGGACGGUGAGCCGCGCAGAUGGAGGGUUGCGGCCUGCCGCAGCGCAGGCGCGCAAGAGCUAACACGCCAUGGAAGCACUGCCCCCCCCCCCUUCGACACGGUGGUGCUGUCCCGUGCGCGGAUCGGCUGGCACUUCAAGUCCGAGCGGUGCAUGGUCACGAGCUCUCGCGAUGAGCUCGACCUCGCGCACCUCGGGUCUCGGGAGCUGGGCUUGGGGGCUGGCCUUGGCGCUCGGUGUGCAUCCGCCCGUCGCGUGACGCGGGAGCUCAGCCACGACGCCCGCCUGCAGCGGCCACUGCGCUGGGACGCCAUCGGGCGCCAGCUAGUGCUAGACGGACAUGCGCGCUGCGGCUGCUGCGGAGCAGAGAGAGACACCUUGUGGCACCGCCUGUUCGGCUGCUCCGUGCUCGAGGCCCAGUGGCGCGACGGAGUGUCGGCGCGGCAGAAGCAGGGUGCAGAGCGAGCGCGGGCCCUAGGCGGGCGCGCAGGCGACGGCUUCGGCCGCUGCUGGCUGCCCACACCAGGGCCACCGCAGGGUCGCCGCAACGACGCCAUUUGGGUGCAAUGCGUUGGCAGGCCAGCUGGUAAGCUCAACGGCAAGCUGUACCUCGAUGGCUCGGUGCUCGAGCCGCAGUUCGGCGCCUUCCGCUGUGAGGGCUGGGCCUUUGCGCAGUGCGACGACGACGGCAACCUGGAGGAAGGGGUCUACCGCACCGUCUGGCGCGACCGCUGCCCGCAGCAGACGGCCAAGGACGGCGAGGACAUUGCAGCCUGGAUGCGGCCACGCUCGGAGAGUGGCCGCUCUACAGGCAGCAGCUCGGCUGCCCUCUCGGCCAGUGCAGUCGCCUUCAGCAUCCUGGGACAUGCCCUGUCCUACGCCUGCGCUGGGGAAGGGGGGGGGCACCCAGGUGACAAGACCGACAAGGGCGGCAGGAACCAGCGCAGCCUCUGGGUCCAGUGCCUGAGGAAGCGCAGGAGCGGUGCCUGGAGUGGCUUGGCACUGCAGCGGAGCCAGCUGCAGACACUGCGGCCACUGCGAGCAGUACAGGCAACGCCCCAGCGGCGGCAGCGGAGCCGCAAGUGGCCGCGGGCCCUGGUGGAGCCCCAGCGGAUGCGGCAGCCGCUGCGGCCGCUGCCAGCCUGCCUCUGCGGCGCCCAGCCGCAGCGAGAGCAGGGCGACUCGGAGCGCGCGGGGUCAGCGAGGAGGGCCCCUCCGCCGCAGCCGGCCCUGCAGGCGGCGCCCAGGUUUGCCGCGGGGCGCGCCGCCGCAUGGAGCGCCGUGGUGCUCACCGGUGUCGCGGCGGCCCGCUGGGCGGCAGACAACCUGGUGAGACGGCUUGACAGGGAGCUGCGGGAGGCGAAGGAAGUCAUCGCCAGCCUCCAGGCGCAGCUGGAGCGCGGAUCGCGCGGCGACGCCGCGGAGGCGGAGCCAUCGCCCGGCCCGCCUUGGUUGCGCGCGUCCGCGGACGCCGCGAAAACCAGGGCGCAGCGGCAGCGGCGGAACGUCGCGUGGCAUGCCGAGCGCUGCCCGUCGGCAGACGCCCCGCCGCAGGAAUGGCGCAGGGCUCAACGCGGGCCGCGCCUCCCAGGAGGGCCCCUUCCUGGUGAUGGGCGCGGCGGUGCGGCGCAGAGUGCCAUCGUGUGUGAGGUGGAAACCUGCGUCUGCGAAGUGCAGCCGCCGAUUGAGUCCGCAUUGGAUGCUUGCGUCGCCGAGGCGCCAGCGCGGCUGCCCAGCGCCCGAGUGGCGGCCGCGCUGCUGGAGGAUCUCGGCGCGGCGCAGCUGGCCGAGCAGGGCGGCGCCGAGGGCGGCGCCGAGAGCACCGAGGCGGAGGAGAUCAUCGCGGAGUUGGUCUGCGAGGCCGAGGGGGAUCGCGCUGCUGAGGGGCGCUGCCAGGCGUGGCGGCCGCGGCGGAGCGGGGGCAGCCUAGAGGGGGACUCGGAGUUCGAGGGGGAUUCAGAGUUCGAGGAUCUCGGGUCCGAGCACGGGCAGUUCCUGCGCGACGAGUUCUCGGACGGCAGCGAGCUGGCCGCGGGGUGCGAGCUGGCGCGCGCUGCGCGGCUGGAGCGCUCGGGCUCCAGGCGCGGCGGUGGAAGCGAGCCCGAGGAGGAGCACGGCGCGUUAGCGCUCGCGGCCGACGGCUCCGAGGCAGGCCCCGAGGAGCUGCGCGAGUCCGAGGGGAGCAACGCGGUGCCCGUGCCGUGCGGGCUGCGCGGCGACAGGCGUGCCAUCGAGCCGAGCGGGGCCGAUCCUGUCGGGCUGGGGCAGGAGUGUGAGAGGAGCAAGCGGGUAUCCUUCGCUCCGUGGCCCGACGUCGUCGGCUUGGAGGCCGUCGACCUGAUGCGCCUCUGCGAGUGCGAGAGGUUCGGCAUCUCCGUGAGAGGGCCCUGGCUGGUGCAGGCCCAUCCGCCAGGCAUGUCCGUGGGGAGGGCCCUCGAGCUCGAGCUGUUCAUUCGGGCGUGCAAACCGAGCGGCGUCGGGGCGCUUGACGGAGGCGCGAAGCACCGCGCGAAGGAGACGCCGCGGCCGCCGUCCGCGGCCGUCGUGGAGGCGCCCGUGGGAGGCGCGGCCAUCGAGCGCGCCGUCGGCGUGGAGCCGCCCCUGGUCGCAGACAGCGGCGACUGCACCGCGGGCGAUGGCCACUCGAGCUCGGAGGGCGUAUUCGUUUCGUUCCUGGACGGCUUCUCGAUGGCGGCGGUGGCGUGUGCGGCCAGGGGGCCGAAGUCGGGAGUUGGGUCACUCCUGGACUUGGCCGAGGCCCGCGCCCUCGGCGUCCGCCUCGGAAGUGCAG